UUGCAGACGGAGCGUACAUGUAUAACGUAAGUGCAGAUUCGAACGCGAGCUUUCGAGAAACGGAGUGUUGUUGUUGUUGCUGCAGGUGAUCGAUCUGAUGCGGAUUGCGGGGGAGGAUUUCGCGGAGAUGGGUGUCGCCGGGGAUUAAAUUCAGCGCUCGGGAUUCAGGGUCGCUGCGCGCGCGCGAAGCUUUUUACGCUUUGGCGCGAGUAUAUUAUUAAGUACGUCGUCGUAUGGACUUUUAAUUAGCUAUGCAUGAAUUACGACGCUGAUGCAGUCGGUCUGUUUGUAUAUUGGACGUGUGACGCGAUCGAAAAAUGAAGCUGUGCUGGAGCCUGCUGAUAGUGGCGGUGGCCUUGCCUCUGCUGGCAAGCGCGUCGAGCAUCAACGCCGAGUCCGACCUGUGGGAGGAGGACGACAAGGAGGUCCUCGUACGAAUGGCUCGUGGUACCAAAGACCGCGCAUCCGGCGGCGGUGGCGGCGGCGGUUCCCCGUCCUGCCGAUACGUCAAGGGUCAGUGGUCCGAGUGCGACCCCAGGACGAACAUGCGGACGCGCACUCUGACCCUGAAGAAGGGCGACAAGUCAUCCUGCGAGCAGAUCAAGACCAUCACCAAGAAGUGCAAGAAAGGUAAAGCCUGCCGGUACGAGAAGGGCGCCUGGACCAGUUGCGUCAGCCAGAACAUGACGCGAAUCGACAACCUCAAGGCGAACAGCGACCCCACCUGCGAGAAAACGCGCCGCAUCACGAAGAGGUGUAAACCCGAGACCAGCAACAAGAAGGCUCAGAAAGAUCGAUCGAACAAGAAAGCCGGCAAGCAGCAGUAAGAGCCCGCGCGAAUAAGCGCCUGGCGAAAAUCAAAGGCGCCACACAAACCUUCCAAAACUGCGCACAGAAGCAUUUUCACGACGACACCGACCACUUAUACGAGCCAUUCAAACCUAUUCCACACGAGAGACUAUAUACCAUACACACCAUCGUCGUCGACGUCGUCGCCGUAUAUUAUGAAUGAUAUAUGCGAGAUACACACAAGCAAACAAACAAACAAAAAAUCAACACAACAGUAUAUAUGUAAAUCGAAUCGGCGCCAAAGAAAAACUAAACGAACGAAGCUGACGAUUAUGCGUUGAGAAUAUCAAAAUUUCACAAAGAUUAUUAUUAUAUUGACUAUUAUAUAUAAUAUAUAUUGAAUACGAGAGAGAGAGAGAAAGAGCGCGAGCGAGAGACGCAUUUUCUGUGGAUGAUAAUAAGCAUAAAGUCUCUUUGAAGUAAAAUAAAGAAAAGCGUUUAAAAAAAACGAAGUAGAGAACAUUAUGAUACACACGCAACAAUCACACACACACACACACACACAUACACACACACGGUCAACGAGGUAUACAGA